AUGGACAAGAUGAUCAAGUCAACCACUGUACUAAUGCUCGUUGUAGGUGCCGUCAUCGCAGCACCGGUAGUCGAGGACCUUCCGAUUGACAAAGUUGUGAAACUCUAUGAGGCCCUCAAACCGGUCAUUGCUCCUUUAAUUGCCAAGACAGAUUUACAGGACGAUUGGGUUAAAGAAGUGUUAAAAUUCAUUGAGGCCCUCAAACCAGUUCUUAUUCCUGUAAUCUCCGGAAGAGAUUUACAGGACAAUUGGGUUGACGAAGUGUUGAAAGUCAUUGAGGUCCUCAAACCACUCCUUAUUCCUGUAAUCUCCGGAAGAGAUGAGGCAGGGGUUGAACAGGUUGUGAAAGACCGCGAUGCUCUCAAACAACCCACGAUAGAUUUGCAGGAAAAUUCGGUGGACGAUUGGUUGAAAGUCAUUGAGGCCCUCAAACCACUCCUUAAUCUUGUUUUGACCCGAAGAGAUGAGGCAGGGAUUGAAAAGGUGGUGAAAGACCGCGAUGCUCUUAAACAACCCACGAGAGAGGAGAAAGGGCUUGACGAUCUCUGGAAAAUCAUUGGAUCUCUCAUACCGGUUAUUCCUGCACUCGACGGUAGAGACGUACAAUGA